CCACAUAUAUAAACUUCUUUAGUUCCAUGAACUUGACAGUUACACGAACCCUGAAACUGCAAAAAGAUCUCUCCUCAAUAAAUACUCUGAGCCUAUCAUUGCUAAAGUUUCUAUCUUCAAUUUCUAGGAAGCAGAAACCUCAAGACAAGCAUAAGAGAGAAUCUGCUGAAGAAGAAGCAGAGACCCACAAGAGUAAUCUUUUGUUGCUGCAUGAAAACAGAGAAAUAUUGACUAUGGAUCUCGAUGACUAUACCAUUAUCAAGGAAGGAGAGGCUGAGAUUCUCAUGCAUAACAAAAAUAAAGUGUUUUUCAACAACGCCCAGGUUCACAACAGAGACUUAUCGAUUGCUGUCCUAAGGACAUUUAUAUCUAAACGCAAAGAGGAACAUGAAGCAAGGAUGUCCAGAAGAACAAAAUCAAUACAAAAGGUAUCAGAGAAAGACACUUCUGGAUCUCCUGUUGAAGAAGCAUUUAAUAAGCCUGCUUUCAAUAACGAAAAAGCAAAUGGAGAAUAUGAAGAAAAGGUAUCUGAGAAAGAUGCUUCAGGAUCUGCUACUGAAGAGGUCUCUAAUGAACCUGCUUUGGAUGAUAAAAAAUUAGACGGAGAAUGUGAUGUGCCAGAAGAGAUAACAAAGGACGAACCUGGUAGCAUAUCAGUAGAACCAAUGAAGACCACAGAGUGCAAAGUUCGACAGGAGCUGGAGCCCCCAACAGUUCUUGAGGCACUGUCAGCUUCUGGGUUGAGAGCCCUAAGAUAUGCUCGUGAGGUUGAAGGGAUUGGUCAAGUUGUGGCCUUGGACAAUGAUCAAGCGUCGGUUGAAGCUUGCAGAAGAAACAUAAAGUUUAAUGGUUCAGUUGCAAUUUCAAAGGUGGAAUCACAUCUUGCUGAUGCUCGUGUAUAUAUGCUCACGCACCCAAAAGAAUUUGAUGUGGUUGAUCUUGAUCCCUAUGGAUCACCUUCGAUAUUCUUGGACUCUGCAGUUCAAUCUGUUGCUGAUGGUGGCUUGUUGAUGUGUACAGCAACCGAUAUGGCAGUGCUUUGUGGAGGUAAUGGCGAGGUUUGCUAUUCCAAGUAUGGCUCUUAUCCAUUGAGAGGGAAAUAUUGCCAUGAAAUGGCUUUGAGGAUCCUUCUUGCCAGCAUAGAGAGCCAUGCAAAUCGCUACAAGCGUUACAUUGUCCCUGUGCUAUCUGUCCAAAUAGACUUCUACAUUCGAGUUUUUGUUCGUAUAUACACCUCUGCAAGUGCAAUGAAAAACACUCCUCUUAAGCUUUCCUAUGUUUAUCAAUGCAUUGGUUGUGAUUCUUUUCAUCUACAGCCUAUUGGGAGGACAAUCGCCAAGAACAACAGUGUAAGGUAUCUGCCUGGGUUUGGUCCUGCUGUUCCUCAAGAAUGCAGUCACUGUGGGAAGAAAUUUAACAUGGGUGGACCUAUAUGGUCUGCUCCCAUUCAUGAUCAAGAAUGGGUGAUUUCCAUACUAGGAGGUGUAAAAUGCAUGAAGGACCGGUAUCCUGCUUAUGAUCACAUCUCUGCAGUAUUGACGACAAUAUCUGAGGAAUUGCCUGAUGUUCCGCUCUUUUUGAGUCUGCACAACCUUUGCGCAACACUAAAAUGCACUUCCCCACAAGCAGUAAUCUUCCGUUCUGCUGUGAUCAAUGCAGGAUAUCGCAUCUCUGGAACACAUGUAAAUCCACUGGGGCUAAAAUCAGAUGCUCCCAUGGAUGUCAUUUGGGAUAUAAUGAGAUGCUGGGUGAAAAUUCAUCCUGUGAAAGCUCAACUGCCUGAUCAACCAGGAAGUGUGAUACUUGCCAAAGAACCAGUUCUUCAAGCAAAUUUUGCUCGAGCUGUUGCAUCUCUUAGCAAGGCACAAGCCAAGAAGGUUGCUCGCUUCCUUCCAAAUCCUGAAAGGCAUUGGGGGCCAAAAAUUAGGGCAGGUCGUCAAAUUACUAGCAAACACGUCUCUCUUUUGGGUCCUGAGGCGGUGAAUGGCCAUCUCAACCAUGAAAACAGCGAAGACCCUGAAGCCAAGCGUCAAAAGAUGGAGGAUAUGGGGGCUCCUGUGUCAAUUUCAUGAGAAUGAAGUUCAGUUGUUUAAUAGUACGCCACUAAACCUGAGCUGGCCUAUAUGUUCCCAUUGCUCUCGAUAGUCAAAAUAUAUUUUAUGCAGAUAGAAGGUAUCAUGCAUUCCCCCAAGUGCUUCCAGUUGAAUGAAAUCUCAAAAUGCUAUUGAAGUUGACAAUUCCGUGGCAGAACUAGAAGCUAUCUUGCACCAAUUUUGAGUUUGUUAUGAGAUUUUAUUUGUUUCAAGCUAUCAACAUCAUUAUUUAUUGACUUGGUAUUUGCUGUGACCAUUUUCCUUGUUUAUUUCCCUGAUAAACGAGUAAGGAAACUCAAGAUUUGUAUUAGUCUUCGUUUGGGCGAGGCUUAGUUCAUGACAUCUAAACCAAAGCUGUAGGCCAUUCAUGCAA